AUGAUGCCUAUACUGGAACAAACUGCAGUUACUCAUCAUCACCAUGGACAUGGUCAUCAAACAUUCUAUCAGGAACAACAUAUAUCAGAAUCUUCUAACAAGAUCGAAUUAACACUUAUCUUGCCAAAUGGCGUUCCAUCUGUACUUAAUGUCGAUCCAAAUACUCCCAUGAUGGAUUUACUUGUACAGGUAGCAUCAUUAAAUAAACUUAAUCCAAGUAGUUAUACACUAGUUGCUCUUGAUUCAAAUCAACAUGUUAUACAUUUCAAAGCUAAUCAAACAGUGGGACAAAUAGUUAAAAACUGUCGUUUACCACAAAUAAACGGUUCGUCAACUAUACGUCUUCAUCCAAAAGAAUCAACGCAUUCAAAUUCAUCAUCAAAAAUCAAAACUCAACCAUUCGAAAUAACAGUUCGUUUAUUAGUUAAUUUACCUGAUGCACAAAAAAUUUUAUUACGUAUUGAUCCAACAUUGUCAUUACAAGAAAUAAAAGAGCAGAUAUGUAAACAAAAAAAAUAUACGAAUUCCAAUGAAUAUACAUUACGUUUACCCAACAAACUUGACCAACCAGUUUUACUGGGCUUAUCAUUAGCUGAAUAUAAAACAAAUGAACUUACAUUAUUACAUCAGAAACCCUACGAUUUAGAUCAACAAUUAAAUACAAAUCCAUUGCAAUCAUUUGAUCGUCUCUAUCGCUUACGUUCCGAAAGUCAACCACGAAAAGAGAAUUCUCAACAAAAUGAACAACAACCAAUGACUAUAACACACAUUCAUCAUACGAAUUCAAGUCGUUCGUCAUCAUUACGUCCAUCACAUACAACAUUACAUGCUUAUUGGAAUGAUCCUAAUUUUGAUACGCAAUCACAAUUAUCAACUAGUUCAUCGAUUGCAAAAAAACGUCGUGCACCAAGACCACCAGGUUGUACGAAGUCUACGAGACCUGAGUCACAAAUUAUUUAUACUCAACAUCAACUAUCAAAUGAUAUUCCUUCACCUCCAUUGCCAUUACGCAGUGAUCAUCAUCAUCAAAGUCAUGAAUCUCUUCAAUCAGAAAAUACAAAAAAGAAACGAAAAGCUCCCGUUGUUGCUUCAACAAAUGGCAUUCACAAAAAAGAUGAAAGUGAUAAACUAGAACAACAACAUCAAACAAAUCAUAUCACUCGACCAGGUUUAGAUCCUCCACCACCACCAACAUCGAUUGCAAACACUAUUCCAACAUCAGAAAAUAAUUUAAAUGAAGAUCUUCAUUCAAUAAUAGAAACCAAUCGAUAUUCCAUCGAUGAGUCCUCAGAGAAAAUUCAUUCAAAAGUAAAUCAGUCGAUUAUCAAUUCAUUAGAAAAUGGCAUCGCAACAAACGAUAAAUUAAAUAUUACAACUAAUUCUCUGGAAUUGACAAAUACUGAAAUACAUUCACCAUCAUCAAUUCAUUCUCUUGAACAACUACAAACUGAUUCACCAAAUUCAACAUUAACCGAUAUUCAACAACAAUCGGAAGAAAAAUUUGAACAGAAAGAGAUUGCAAUAAAUGUAAUCGAUUCUCCAGUACCGAAACCACCACGUCAGAAUUUCCACAAAGAAAAAAAGACUUCAACAAAUAAUGGUCUCUUACGUAUUAUUAAUGAUCAUAAUGAGCGAUCAAAUAUUUAUCAAAAAGUUGACAUCAAACCAAAAGAAACAAAUGAAAAUGUUUCCUAUUUUCGGGUUGCUAAAAGUCGUUAUGGAAAGUUUGAAACAGAAAAUCGAAACUUCGUUCAUAACUCCAUUGCUAUAUUUGAUUCAACAAAUCAACAGAAAGUAGAGCAGCAAAUUCAAAAAGGUGCCAACUCUUCAGAGUUAUCAAAUUCAAAACAAUCAAAAGCAAUCCAACCAAAUAUUGUUCAACAUCAAACCAAAGGUAAACAAGCAUAUAGUUUAUUGAAAAAAUAUGAGAAAGAAGAACAAUUAAAAUCUACAAAUGGUACUGACUAUUUAAAAACAACAAAUCAACAAGAAAAAACAUCAACGCCAAAACAGCUGGAAGUUACUGAACGAAUAGCUCACAUAUCAGUUACUCUAGAAAAUGGUCGUAAACAAUUGAUAACAAGAGCUGCUUCAACAUCACGUCCACCAUCCUCACCACCGGCACCGCCAAUCCUUGCACCAAGACCAUUUGGUAAAACCAUUACAGAAUAUCGUACAGUAUGUCCCAUUGACAAUAAUGAUGAAAUAAUAACUAGAAAGCAUAAUGCAUCAGUAUCAUCAAUUGAUAUGAAUCAUAAACGAUUAAGCCCCGAUCUAUCUGAAUCACAUGAUGCAUUAAUGGCAUCCAUUCGAAAAUUUGGCGGUUCACAGAAUUUACGAAAAAACUAA